AAAAAACAGAAACCUUAAACUUUGCUUUUUGAUUUGAAAGGAAUUUUUUAAAAUAUUGAAGACGAUAAAGUAUUCUAAAAUACCUUACUAUAAGCAAAUAUAAACUAUCAGAGAACCUGAUAAAAAUGAGUGAUCUAUCUGAUUAUUCUCCUACAAAGGGAGCAGAUUCAGAACUUCAAGAUUUUCUCUUAGCUGAGAAACAAAAAGCACAGUUUCAUGCUCAGAUUCACGAAUUCAAUGAUUUCUGUUGGGAUAAGUGUGUGGACAAGCCAGGAGCCAAGCUGGACUCACGUACUGAAACUUGCAUAACUAACUGUGUAGAAAGAUUUAUUGACGUUUCCCUUCUUAUAACAAACAGAUUUGCACAGAUGCUAGAGAAAGGAGGAGGCAUGCAUUGAUUACUCAAUAUAUGAAACAUUCGGUAAUUAAAUUAAAAUUAGUUUGUAUUAAGAAAUUGAAGGUGAUGCAACUGCUGAUUGUGGUGUUAGCAAUUAAAUAAACUACAAAAUGUUUU